AGAAGAUCCUGCAAAGCAUGCGAGUGGAUCUAUCGGUGGCAGCUGCUAUCAGCGCGGCACCACUUCCUCAUCCCAUAUCCUUCCUCCCCCUGCCACCUCUCUCGCCUCGGUUCCGCAGAUCUGCGCCACUCGUUGUCCGUCCUUCCCGUCGCUCAGAAGAUCCAGAUGUGCUGCAGGAGUGGCCAAGAGGCGACUUUGAUGGGCCGAGAGAGGGUAGAUCUGCCGAUGCGGCACGUGACUGGCCGAGGAGCAGCUCGACAGGGCGGCAAAGGCGCAGGAGCGAUGAUACAACUAUUGCGACAGGGAGGGGCGAGCAGGAGAGGCUGAAGCGCUACACGGCCAGAAGGAAGCAGAGGGGCAAGAAGGCGUAUGCAAGCGAGGGAGAGCGGCUGAAGUCACUGUUCUUCAGCAACCUCAAGACGGUGGGCAGCACAGCACAGCCAAUUGAGGUAUACAUUCCAAUCACUCUGUCUCUCGCAUCACCCACUCACUCAUUCGGCAUCAAUUGCUCUGCUCCACUGUAUGCAAUGCAGGCAAUGGCCCGGAAGUCACUGGGUCCUCGCAUCAUCCUGAAGCACGUUGACGACAUCCUGAAGCUCUCGGAUGCGUCCCUUUCGGCCAAGGACUUCACGGUGUUGAUGAAGGCGUGUGAGGCGGCAGGCAGGGGCGACAGGGUGGUGUCACUGCUGGACGAGAUGGAUGCCAGGGGUGUCCAGAGAGAUGCCAUCGUGAGCAACGCCGCUGCACGCAUCUUGUCGACGGCCAACUGUGCAAAGGAGGCCGGGAGGGUCAUGGACGUAAGUAAAGUGGAAUGGGUGGACUGACUUUGUAUGUGUGUGUGUGUGUGUGUGUGUGUGUGUACCUGGGCAGCGUAUGCGUGAGGACAGCGUCGCCAAGCUCCCCUCUGCAUACAGCCAUCUGUUCAAGGCUGCGCAGACCGGCAGACAGGCGGUGAGUGACUUAGUGACUUAGUCAGGGGAUCUCUGUUUUUUCUUCAUUCCUUUGUCUGUCUGCUGCUUCUUUCAGCGGCAGGUGUUGGAUUUGAUGGCUUCAGAGGGCGUGCAUCUAGAUGUGUUCUCCUACACCGCUGCAAUCAGCGCAUGCGCGCACACCAAGGACGUACGUUACGUCAGCCAAUGAGACAGACAGGCUCCCUGCAACGAAGUGUCUGGCUGCAUGUGUCUUCCUUUCUGCCCCUUUCCAGGUGAGCACGGCCCUCGAUCUGCUUGGAGAGAUGGAAUCAAAGGGCAUGCCGCCAUCGGCUGCCACGUGCACAGCUGCUCUCAGCGUGUGUGCGAGAGCCGGCCAGUGGCAGGAAGCCAUUCAUCUGCUCCACCGCUUCCAGGAUACGGCCGACGUCCGCACCUACACCGCUGCCAUUUCCGCGUGUGGCAUCGCGGGGCAGUGGGAGGUAACUGAGACGAGCGUGGCCAUUCCCUCCAUCCAUGUUCAUUCAGGGUGCAUCCAUCGCGUAUGUGGGGUGUGUGUUUGGUGCAGGAGGCCCUGAAUCUGAUGGAUGACAUGCGCGACGAAGGCGUUGCUCCCAACGUGUGGACGUACACAGAGGCAAUGAGGGCGUGCAUCAAGGGAGGUGUGGCAGAGGAGGCCAUCCAGCUCUUCGACAAGAUGACAAACCAGAAACAGGCGAGAGCAAAUGGUCUUCCCACCGGAAGUGUAAGUGUGUCGUGUCCGCUACUAUCCAUCAGAAUGAGCCGAGCACGAUAUGCUACAGUGUAGCGCUGCGUGCCUGUGAGCAGGCCAAGGCAACCAACAAGGCCAGGGAUAUCUUCAAGGUGAGCGAGACAAUCACGCAAGGGAGAGAGAGAUAUCACGAGCACGUGUCUAUGGGGUUUCGUCUGUCAGCGGUUGAGUCGUUCGCAAGUCGAGGAGCUGCCUCCGAAGGUGCGGUCGUGGCUGCUGGCCCUUGUGGAGAAAGAUGAGCGGCGCGACAUGAAAGUCGUGUACGAGAGGGGUGUGGAGCACGUGUGACGGACAAGACGCGGGAGGAGAGUGGCGAUUAGGGGGGUGAGUGAUGGAUAGGGGAUUUGGUGAGAGUGAGAGUGAGAGGAUUGUGAUG